UGUCAUUUCUAAUUGGUUAGAUAUUUAAGGUUAUCCAAGAGAUAUUUGUAAAGAAAUAAAUAUUUUUAAUUUGGUAUAUUGAAUAUAAAUAAACUAAAGGACAGCGUCAAAAUAAAACUCUUCAAUCAUGAUUUCAAAUGUGUACAGAGGCUUAAUUCGUUAUAGUGUUGUAAAACCAAGGAAUUUCAGUCGUUGCUCUAUUUCUUUGACUAACAAUCCUACUGAAAAUAUAGAUUCCAGUCCAAAAGGAGGAUUUGCUAAGGCCUUUGACAAACAAGCCCAAAUACUGCAGCAGGAACCCGUGGAAAAUCAAACAUUUGCAUCACUCCUCAGAAAUUCAAAACUUAUUGACCUUGGAGAUCCCGUCAAUAAAAUUGUUAUAGGAAAAAUCUUUCACACAGUUGAAGAUGAUUUGUACAUUGAUUUUGGUUGGAAAUUCCAUUGUGUGUGCACAAGACCUGCUACUAGGGGCGAGGAAUAUGUGAGGGGGGCACGAGUUAGAUUACAAAUAAAGGAUUUAGAAUUAUCAUCAAGAUUUCUUGGUUCCAGUACAGAUCUUACACUUUUAGAAGCUGACUGUAAACUAUUAGGAAUUGUGUCUUCUCCCAUAAGAGCUGAAACAGAAAGUAAAAGCAACUAAAUAUAAUAUUUGUAGUGUUGAAUAGUUUUUAGUAAUAAAUAUUUUAAGAAUAAUUUAAA